AUGGCUGAAGCAUUGCCAUUAUUCCCCAACGGAGGAUGGGACGUCCACCAUCAUAUUUUCGAGCCCGCUCGAUUCUCCUACGCCCCCGAUCGCCACCUCACGCCUCCCCCCGCCACCAUCCAAAACUACAUCGACUUCAAGCGCAAGCUCGGCCUCACGCACUCCGUCCUCACCCACGGCCUCUCCUACGGCGCCGACUGCUCCUCCCUCACAACCUUCACCUCCGACCUGGGCCACUCCACCCGCGCCAUCGGCGUCAUCGACCCCGACACAACAACCCCCUCGCAGCUCCAGCGCCUCCAAAGCUCCGGCAUCCGCGGCAUCCGCGUCAACCUGUACCGCUACGGCGCCAUGCACGACGUCUCGCUGCAGAAGACGGCGCUGCGGGAGCACGCGCGCGCUCUGGGUCCCCACGGCGCGGGCUGGAGUAUGGCGUUUACGCACACGCACCCGGAGUUCUGGCACGAGCUGACACCCGUGAUUGAGCGGGAGAUCGUGCCGAUGGGGAUUAAGCUGGUGACGGACCAUUUUGCGCUGUUGAAGGGUGCGAGCAUGUUAUCUGGCGGCGGGGGCGAGGUGUCGAGCCAGGAAGGGUUCCGUGAGAUUCUGGACCUGGUGCGUGCGAGUCAACUGUAUGUCAAGAUCAGUGCGCCGUAUCGGGUGAGUUCGCAGGCACCGGAUUAUGCUGACUUGAAGCCGCUGGUGCGAGCGUUCUUCGAUGCAAAUCCGCGGCAGGUUCUGUGGGGGAGUGAUUGGCCGCAUACUCCGUUGAUGAAGGUGCGGACUCAUGAGGAGGCUAUGAAGGAGACGCCGUUCCUGGAGGUUGAUGAUCUGGCGUGGUUGAAGAGUCUGCGGUCGUGGCUGUCGGCUCGCGAAUGGCAUAUGCUGAUGGUGACGAAUCCGCAGGGCUUGUAUGACUGGUAGUAUUCAUCUUGACGAG